UCAAGAUGUUGUUUACUUUAUUUGCCAUUGUCUCUUCUUUGGUUAUAUUCAACAAAGUACAUGCCGAUUGUGGAGGGAAGGCUGAUAUAAUAUUUGCUAUUCCUGGGAACAAUGAAAUUCCUGGAGAAGAAUUCUUUCCGUUUGAAAGAUUCUUAACAAUGCUUGUAGAUUAUUUUAAAAUCGACAGAGACAAUGUAAAUAUUGGUCUUAUAUUAUAUGGAAGAGAACCCGUGGCAAUCAGUUGGCCGCAACCAAUGAAAGACCAAACACAAACCAAUACGAGAGUAAGCCUACUUGCGGAAAGAGAAUUAUACAAUGGUAAACUUAAAGGCAGAGCAGAUGUAAAGGGGGCACUUAAUUUAAUGAGACAAAUGUUCAGAAAUCCAUCAGGUUAUCAUCAUCUGCAGUUAUCUCGACCUGAUACCAAACAGAUUGGAGUGAUGUUCACGCAUGGUUCAGUUCAGACAAAUAUCAGUCAAGAUGUGAUCACAGCUGCAAACCAGUUUAAGGAAGCAGGGAUCGAAAUGUAUUCAGUAGGAAACAUGCCAAAUGGUGAAUGGUAUUCAGAGAUAGCCUCUCAUAAAUGUAAAAUUUUAUCCGUGGAAAGUUACUCUGAGGGUUUAAAAGGCCUACUUCCUUAUAUAGGGAGCAGUAUAUGUACAGCAAUAGAAAAUGUUGUAAAUGUUACAGAUGACAAUUGUUUUCCAAAAUUUUGGAAGCCCAGUCCAAACCCGCCAGUUACUUGCCCCUCUCUGAAUGCAAUAUUUCAGGAUCCUUAUAAUUGUGCCUAUUUAUUCAAAUGUGAUAUGAAUAUUCCUGUUCGUGAAAGAUGCCCAACAGGAAUGCUCUUUGACAACUCGAUCAAAGCUUGCAAUCAUAAAGAUGCCGUUCCGUGUUACUCGAUGAUAACAUGUCCGAAUCAUACAGGUCUUUUUCCGCAUCCAGAAGCCUGCAAUAAAUUCUUGAAUUGUUUCGACAACAUUCCAUAUGUACAAAAGUGCCCGUCUAACUUGUAUUUUAACAAUGAAACCAAAAUCUGCGAUGAGGAGUACAAAGUUAAUUGCACGUUUCAUUGAGAAGACAAACAAUUCCGUUAAAUGACCUUUGAAAGGAUAAUGUAUAAAAAAAACUUAAGAUAAUGAAAUCCUGAAUAAAUGAAGUUUGUCAUUUGCCUUAAACACGACAACUGAUAUAAGUUGGUGAAUGUUGGUAAAUGUAAGAGAAAUGUGAUCAGCCUAGGGUUAAAUAAAUUGAAUUUGUAGUAA